GUCAAGUUUAGUCCCAGUAAAAACGCACACCCCACGCACCUAUAGACGAAUUCGCCACGCAGCACCCGAUUCUUGUAACAAUGAUCGUAGUGUACCACCUCAACAACGGCCGCUCACAGCGUAUUCUUUGGCUUCUGGAAGAGCUGGGUGUACCUUACGAGGUCAAGCGAUUUGAGCGUAUGCCAGAUUAUACAGCACCGCCAUCGCUCUUGGAAGUGCACCCAUUAGGGAAGUCUCCUAUUAUAGAAGACAUAGGAGAAAGUGUAGUAGUUCUGGCGGAGAGCAAUGCAAUCAUAACAUAUCUGAUUCAGAAGUACGGAGGAAAGCAAACUUUGAGUGUAGAAGGAGCGCUGGAUGAUCUCUAUUAUACGCACUACGCAGAAUCAACUCUCAUGCCUUUGGUAGUAAUCUGGCAAAGGUUAUCCCGUUUCGCUAAUCGUGCCCCUUGGUACCUCCAGCCAAUAUUCCGUUAUGUUCUUGGAGCCUACAGGGAGAUGUAUGUUGACCCGGAACUUCCAAGAAAUAUUGAUAUGAUCGAGAAACAUCUCAGCGAAAACUCAUGGUUCGCUCGCGGGUCUGAUGGGCCCACUGCUGCAGAUUAUGCGAUGAUAAUAGGAUUGGAAGGAUUGAGGGCAGGGAGGGCAAUCGUAUUAGAGAAGCAUCAAGCGAUAGUCAGAUAUAUAGACAAGGUUCAUGCUCGAUCUGCAUACCAAUCAGGGUUAAGGAAAGGCGGAGCAUUUGCAUAUGCCAAGCAGGUUGAAGCUGCUUGAAAUGGAUGUCUUGCGCACAAGGCUAGCAUUGAUGAUGACGAAGAAGCGAAGACUAUGGUUAAUGUAUUUGAUCGAGUUCCUCGACACCCAUAUGGUUCCACCUAGUAAAUUUAUUGGAUAUAUACAAUGUCAUUUCUGAAUUAGACUUUGUAUCGACGGCCAGUCUUUGUAAAAAAGGUUUGCAGAACGUAGAC